AUGGCAAGUCUGGCCAGCGGCAGCUCGGGCUCGCGCUGGUCGGCUGACCGUCCGCUGGUCGCCUGCGGGCCCGACCCCUUCGACAAGCUGCACGGCCGGCUGUCGGACGUGGCCACCUCGGACUCGACCAGCGAUGCAGACGGUUAUGGCCCCAGCACCAGUCUGGAGCUGUCCGACGGCGGGCGGCGGCCCUGGGUCACAUCAGACUCUGAGGGCUCGCUGCGGUCGGUCUCGUCGGACCUGAGCGGCGACAGCGGCGCCGACGCGGCCGCCUCCGACAGCCGCGCCUACAUGCAGCAGUUCGUGCAGCAGCUGUUCAGCAGGUCGUGCGACAUCACGCUGGAGGACAAGGCCAAGUUCGGCCAGCUCCUGCAGACGGAGCCGGGCCGCGCCUGGUUCGCCCGCUUCGUGAACCACCAGCGCGGCCGGCACCGCUGCGUCGGCGAGUCGACCUUCUACUCGCUGGUGCAGUACUUCGCGCUGGCGCUGUUCGAGUGCGCUCAGGCCGAAGACUUCGGCCCGGCCAAGUCCCUGAUGAACAUGUGCUUCACCUUCUACCACAGAGUUGGGAACGAUCCGGCAAGGAAGCAGUACCUCCACGAGCUGCUGGGCCAGCAGGCCAUUUGGCGGAGCAUCCGGUUCUGGAACGCCGCCUUCUUUGAUGCGCUCCAGACGGAGCGGUCCAACCGGCCGGUGCCGACGCGGCAGCAGCUGGCCGACGGCGACGUCACAGCCCCGGCCGACGACGUCAGCUAUCAGCAGAACAUCACCUUUGGCCAGCUGGGCACGUUCACCCACAACAUGUACGCGCUGGGUCUGCCGCGGGAGCUGUGCCUGGAGUUCCUGCGGAAACAGAGCGCCAUCGCCAACCUGCGGCAAGAUCAGCUGAACCUGCUGCGUGACAACAUUGACGGCAUGUACUCGGGCGGCGGACGGGUGGUCACGUCGCAGCGUUCGUAGGCCGGCGGCGACAGCCCAGCUCACGAGCGUCCUGGGAUGGCGUUCAACGAUCUCCUUUUGGUAGCUGCCUGGCCGCGGUCGCUGGUAUUUACCGGCCGUGAGUCUUAGACACGCGGUAGACUUUUCUCGUGGGUCGCGGUUUUCGGGCUCCUGCUCUCCUCGCUGACAGCUGAUUCGCCAGCCACCUUCUACUUAUCGCAGCACCGAAGCCUGUUAGUGGUGUGGACGUCUGGAUCUCGGACAGACGGUCUGUUGGUCGGUGUUUCGCUCCCUAGGCCCCAGUCACGCCGGCCGAGGGCGAAAGUCUCCAGCCAUCUCUUCCCUGGCGCUCCCUCGCCGGCAGCCGUCGCUGCAUGCACGCGCGAACACUAGUCUCGCUUACUUGUUACUGUCGAGCCGGAGCGGUGCUCGGGGAUGGGGAGGAGGCCGGGCCGGGGGGCGGCUCUCGCGGCGCCGGGAAUGUGAUCGCUGACGGUGCUGUGAUAAUGUCCGGCCUGUCCACUGGCGGCGUAACCAGCCACCGUUUGCGUACAGUAGUGUGCCGGCCGGCGCAUGAAGUGCGGUCUGGUCCAGCGGUGUGUCACCGGUCUGAUCUGGUCCGGCGGUGUGCCAUCUGGCCUGGUCCGGCGAUGUGCCACUGAUCUGGUCUGGUCUGGUCCGGCGAUGUGCCACUGGCCUGGUUUGGUCUGGCGAUGUACCACUGGUCUGGUCUGGCCCGGCGAUGUGCCACUGGUCUGGUCUGGUCCGGCGGUGUGCCACCAGUCAGAUCUGUCUGAUCUAGUCUGGUCUGUUUCGGCGGCGUGCCACUGGUCUGGUCUGGUCUGGUCAUCACAUCAGCGCGUGAUGAUGGGUCUGGACGUAUUUGUUGCCGCCUUCAAAAGACGAAUGCCACGGGACGGCAUCCAUCGGCUCAAGCAAUAACAGUGUGACCCGCUCAGCGUAUGGGCGAGGCGCAUUAUGGGCCGGCCGACACGCAUGUGCGCCGGCUAACCCCAGCAAUAGGCAGCAAUGGGCACCGCCUGCGACGCUGCCCUGAUUGAUGGCUGCAUGUGAUAGCGCCAACUCGAGCGACGUGGUCGAGAGCUCACCUUUGUAUUCGUCUUCGCGUGUUAUCGCUGUACAUGUCUUUCGGUUGCGACUAGUCCGACAUGGCUGUAUGCGUUGGCCAGGACGGGGCGGCAACGACGCGGCCGGCGGCGUCCAUGGUCAGAUCAUGUGGACGUGUAAUGCCGCCUGGACCGACGAGUUUUCUUUAGAUAUAUGAAUAUGCAUUGACUAGCGUAAUAAAUCAUAGAUGAAUGUA